AUGGACGCCAUGGUCCGGGGAGGCUCGGGCGACGGGACGCCGUCGAUCGCCGACGUCAGCGACGAUGUCCUCGUCACGGUGUUCCUGAAGAUGGACCCGAUAGACCUCGGCAGCUGCCUCCGAACGUGCAAGAGUUGGAGACGACUGAUUUGCGACGGGGCGCUCGACAAUGCUUACUGGUGGAACAAGGCGCGAGCAGACCUGCUCGAAGACCUGCUCGACGAGGACGGCAAACUCCCUCUCCACGGGCGGCGCGUCUGCGACGUGGUCGCGCCGCGCUGGCUACGCCGGCGCGAAACGUACGCCCUCCUGGACGGAUGCAAGGCGGAGGUCGUCGCGUCGGCUCGCGGAGACAACGGAGAAGGGCGAAAGCCGCUCGUGCCUCUCCGCCUGCGCGAGUGGGUCAAGACGCCGUAUCCCCGCUGGCUCGAGCAACCCGCGCGGGUGGAUAACGAGGACAUCGCGCUCUUCUACCGCGCGUCCAUGAGAGAAAUACGCGAGCAACGUCCGACGAACGCGCACGUCACCGACUUUGUCGAGGUGGAAUGGCUCGCCGAUUUGGCGGUGAUGAUGGGCGAGCGCCGGGCGAUGGCCACGUUCGCCGAGGCGAUGAACGAUCCCGACUUUCACGUCCGCAGCCACGCGCGGUGCGUGGAGCUCGUGGAGCGGUGCGCGGCGGCGGUGUCCGGACUGAUCGAUCCGUACCUCGCGGGCCGGCAUCAACGGAUGUGGGGCCCGACGCCCCCGUCACACGUCUCGUCGCACGUGGAGAACCCGGGCGCGUUGCACCCGUCGGAGAAGUGGCUGUGGGUGAUGCGCGAGGAUUUCAGGUCGUUCGGGUCGGACCUGCGUCACAAGAAGCCGUCGCUACCCGAGGAGAGCGUCGUGGACGCGUUGGACAGGAUGGGCGAGGAGUUCAAACGGAGGCUCGACAGCUCGCGAGUCGACCCGCGGGACGAUCCAAAGGGGGCGCUGCGGGUGCUGACCGAAUUUAUGUGCGGCGUCUACCCCGGGCUCGACGCCCCGGGCGACAACCCGGGAUCGACCCACGUGGCGGACAUGGACUUUCGCGAGAUGCCGCCCGCGACGCACGAGCUCAACCCGCACCUCCUCCACCCGAAGUUUGCGAUGCCGACCGAGGGCGGACUCGGGUUCAGAGGCGCCGGAUCGACCGUCACGCACGACUACUACGAUCCCAUGUGCAGCUCCCUGUUUUGCGUGCUUCACACGCGCGUCGGCAUCCCGAUCACGCUCUCGAUCGUCAUGGCGUCCGUGGCGUCUCGCGCGGGGUUGAAAGUGGAGUUCCUCAACGCGCCCGGUCACUUCCGCUGCGGAGUUCAUGACGAAAACUACGUUGACCCGGAAAAGCCCGGAACAAACGCCCGACACGUGGUCUUCACGGCCGACCCGUUCGAAGGCUUCGAAGCGACAGACCCCAGGAAACUCCGGACGAUCGAUUGGGACCGUAUGGGAGAGGAGGCGGGAAGAGGACGCGUGGCAGAGCUCGUCCCGUCCGCGCGCGACGUCGUGAUGAGGAUGUUGAACAACCUUUUCCUGAUUUACGGCACCAUGGAGUGCGGAGGGAGCGGCAGCCCGGACGGUCCGGAUCUCGAGACGUAUCCGAACGACGAAGAAUACGUACCAAACUACGUCGGACUCCCUCCGCACAGGUGGAUGGUGCGACACGCCGUCGUCGCGCUCGCGGGACUUGUGGUGAGUCCCGGGCCCCACGCCGAGUUUUUGCAACAGGAGUUGGCGCAUCUUAAGCUUAAGUGGCUGCCGAUGUCGGCGCAUCGUCUCUUUAUGUAAUAAAUACCUCUAAAAUAAUGAU